GAUCGCAAGCACUAUCCGCGUAUAUCUACUAAAAUGACCCUCACCGAGAUUCAGAAUGUCGAGAAGGAGAACGCAGGAGCAUCAGUGCCGAAACACUCAUCGAACAAGCUGAAGUUGGAGAAAGAACUGGAGAAAUUGGAGAUUGUCGAUCAGACCAAGGCUGCUUCAGCUGAGGAAACAAAUAAUGAGUCGGAGGUGAAUGAGCUGGAUGCCGACGAGCCGAUGCUUCAAGAUUUGGAUAAUCGAUUCGUCAUCUUCCCACUGAAACAUCAUGACAUCUGGAACUUCUACAAAAAGGCAGUUGCAUCAUUCUGGACAGUCGAAGAAGUCGAUCUUGGAAAGGAUAUGAACGAUUGGGAGAAGAUGAAUGGUGACGAGCAAUACUUCAUUUCUCGGAUCCUUGCCUUCUUUGCCGCAUCGGACGGAAUUGUCAAUGAGAACUUGUGCGAACGAUUCUCGAACGAAGUUCAAGUCUCAGAAGCACGGUUUUUCUACGGAUUCCAGAUUGCCAUUGAGAACAUUCAUUCAGAGAUGUACUCGAAGCUGAUUGAGACUUAUAUUCGUGAUGAGACGGAACGAAACACUCUUUUCAACGCCGUUGAUGAGUUCGAGUUCAUCAAGAAGAAGGCUGACUGGGCUCUUCGCUGGAUUUCGGACAAGAAGGCUUCGUUCGCUGAAAGACUCAUUGCUUUCGCAGCUGUUGAGGGAAUCUUCUUCAGUGGAUCAUUCGCUUCGAUCUUCUGGCUGAAGAAGCGUGGAUUGAUGCCAGGAUUGACACAUUCCAAUGAGCUCAUCUCGAGAGACGAAGGACUUCAUCGUGAUUUCGCCUGUCUUCUCUACUCAAAGCUUCAAAAGAAACUCACUCAACAACGCAUCUACGAUAUCAUCAAGGACGCUGUGGCCAUCGAACAAGAAUUCCUGACUGAGGCACUUCCAGUUGACAUGAUUGGCAUGAACUGUCGUCUUAUGUCACAGUACAUCGAGUUUGUCGCCGAUCAUUUGCUCGUCGAGCUCGGUUGUGACAAGCUUUACAAGUCGAAGAAUCCAUUCGACUUCAUGGAGAAUAUCUCGAUCGACGGAAAGACUAACUUCUUCGAGAAGCGGGUUUCCGAGUAUCAACGUCCUGGAGUGAUGGUGAAUGAAGCCGAGAGACAGUUCGAUCUUGAGGCUGACUUCUAAAGAAAAUAUUUCCAAAUUUCUAUUUCUAACCUCAUGUUUUCCUUCCUUUCAUGUUUUUCAACCUCACCCCAUUUCUCACAUUCACUUUGUUUCUGUUACGAUCUCGUGUAAUUGAUCGAAAGCACUUGUACCAAUUUCUAUGAAUCGCUUAUCUUGACUGAAAAGAUGUUUGAAACUUUUUAUCAUUAAAAAUGAAAAAUUGUGAUU